ACGUAGGGGAAGAAAAAGAUCGGAUUACAAGAUGGCGGUCUGUGGACGAUAGUGAAGAGGCCGUCGUAGUUGUUUUCAACGGUGAAUUUUACAGUUCGAUAGAUAUCCUGCUUUCUGCGGGUAAAAAAAACAAUCAACCGCGUAAUAUGUUCAUUAAAUAGCACAUUAUUGUAAAUCAUACUCAGAUGUAUGUCUGGGACAUGCGGGUAGAAACACGUUUGAAGCUCGGGGAUAAGAACAUAGCUAGACAACUAUUUUAAAGAUAGGGUGAACUAACGUUAGUGUUGGCUUGCUAACGCGUUAGUUUUUCCUCAAGGUAACUAUGUCGGAUACUCGGCGGCGUGUGAAAGUAUACACGCUGAAUGAAGACCGACAGUGGGACGACAGGGGCACAGGACAUGUCUCGUCUACCUUUGUCGAACGACUAAAGGGAAUAUCAUUAUUAGUUCGGGCCGAAUCCGACGGCUCACUUCUUCUGGAGUCUAAAAUCAGCCCAAAUACUGCAUAUCAAAAACAACAAGAUACUCUGAUCGUGUGGUCUGAAGCAGAGAACUAUGAUCUGGCUCUGAGUUUUCAGGAAAAAGCUGGCUGUGAUGAAAUCUGGGAAAAGAUUUGUCAGGUGCAGGGAAAAGACCCUGCGCUGGAGAUCACCCAGGACCCCAUCGAUGAGUCUGAGGAGGAGCGCUUCGAGGAGAUGCCAGAGACCAGCCACCUGGUGGAGCUGCCUCCAUGCGAGCUGGCCCGGCUGGAGGAGAUCGCUGACCUUGUGACUUCUGUCCUGUCCUCGCCCAUCCGCCGGGAGAAACUGGCCCUAGCCCUUAUGAGCGAAGGUUACAUGAAGAAGCUACUGCAGCUCUUCCAGGUGUGUGAAGACCUGGACAACCGUGAGGGCCUACAUCAUCUGUAUGAGAUUGUGCGUGGCGUGCUUUUUCUCAACAAGGCGGCUCUGUUCGAGGUCAUGUUCUCAGACGACUGCAUCAUGGACGUGGUGGGCUGCCUGGAGUACGACCCGGCGCUGGUGCAGCCCAAAAGGCACCGCGAGUUCCUCACCAAGACGGCCAAGUUCAAGGAGGUGAUCCCCAUCACGGACUCAGAGCUGCGGCAGAAGAUCCACCAGACAUACCGUGUGCAGUACAUCCAGGACAUCAUCCUUCCCACUCCUUCUGUCUUCGAAGAGAACUUCCUUUCCACCCUCACAUCCUUCAUUUUCUUCAACAAGGUGGAGAUAGUCAGCAUGCUGCAGGAGGAUGAGAAGUUCCUCACUGAAGUCUUCGCACAGCUAACGGAUGAAGCCACAGAGGACAGUAAAAGGAGGGAACUAGUGAACUUCUUCAAAGAAUUUUGUGCUUUUUCACAAACCUUGCAACCGCAAAAUAGAGAUGCUUUCUUCAAGACUCUGGCGAAUCUAGGCAUUCUUCCUGCUCUUGAAAUAGUCAUGGGGAUGGACGACCUGCAAGUGAGGGCUGCAGCCACAGACAUAUUCUCAUACCUGGUGGAGUUCAGCCCCUCCAUGGUACGAGAGUUUGUUAUGCAGGAGCCACAGCAAACUGAUGAUGAUGUGCUGCUGAUCAACGUGGUUAUAAAGCAGAUGAUCUGUGACUCGGACCCUGAGCUGGGGGGUGCUGUGCAGCUGAUGGGGCUCCUACGUACACUGAUUGACCCAGAGAACAUGCUGACGCCCACCAAUAAAACGGAGAAGACGGAGUUCCUCAGCUUCUUCUACAAGUACUGCAUGCAGGUCCUAACAGCCCCUCUAUUGGCCAACACUGUAGACGAGAAGAAGUCCAAAGCUCUGCAAGAGGGGUCCACCAAGAUCAACCCAGUGUGUCCUGAUAAUUUCCAGACAGCUCAACUCCUGGCUUUGAUUCUGGAGCUGCUGACAUUCUGUGUUGAGCACCACACGUACCACAUAAAGACAUACAUCAUGAACAAGGACCUGCUACGACGAAUCCUGGUGCUAAUGAACUCUAAACACACCUUCCUGGCACUGUGUGCUCUGCGCUUCAUGAGGAGGAUAAUCGGGCAGAAGGAUGAGUACUACAACCGCUAUAUUAUCAAAGGGAACCUGUUUGAGCCAGUCAUCAACACUCUGCUGGACAAUGGCACUAGAUACAACCUCCUAAACUCAGCCAUCAUCGAACUCUUUGAGUUCAUCAAAGUUGAGGAUGUUAAGUCCCUGAUAGCACACAUCAUAGACAACUACUACAAAGCACUUGAAUCCAUUGAAUACGUCCAGACGUUCAAGGGCCUAAAGGGCAGAUAUGAGCAGGAGAAGGACCGACAGACCCUGAGACUCAACAGAUAUCGUAGGGAUGCCCGAACGCUGGACGAGGAUGAGGAAAUGUGGUUCCAUGAAGAUGAGGAUGAUGACGAAGGAGAGGCUGUUGAGAAAAGUAGGCCAGAGGAAGAGUUCCCAGAGAGCUACGGAAAGUAUAUGGAAGCAAAAAAAGGUAAGUGCCGCCACUCUGCUCAGUGUGUUCAAACCCACAACUUGUGGAAUGGUAUGUUCACUAUGUAUUUCCGUCUCUUUACAGUUAAAGAGAGUGACGACAAAGAGAACUUCCCAACGCAGACCCCAACUGGCAGCUUUAAGUUUACCUUCUCUCAUUCUGCAGGGGCUGCCAACGGUGCCAACGGCAAGCCAGCUGCCUCACACGCCGCCUCAGCCAGUCCCAACGGCUCCCCAGCCAAGUCGGACGCCACACCCGGCACCCUGGUAGUCAAGACUGCGAUGGUCGGCCUUGUAGACUACCCUGACGACGAAGACGAGGAGGAAGAAGACGAAGAGCAGUCGCCACGGAAACGUCCCCGUCUGGGCUCCUAAGCCAGUGAAAUCGUCUGGUCUUGGUCAGCUGUGCCACAGUCCACUGGACAGAGACCACUCCCACCUUCCUACCCUGCCCCCCUGCUCCUACGUCCCCAUAUCUGGCCUGUGGACCAGAGAGGUUGAACAGUGCCAUGGUUUCCCUGUUGGUCCAGCAGGGGCGCUGCACUUCAUCCAAACCUCAGUCGCUCUACAGAAGGGGGAGCAGGUGCUAAUGGGAGAGCCAGUCAGGCUAGCAGGACUAGCCGCUUAGUAAUGGAAGCUUGAUUGGCUGACCCUACAGAACUGUUCCUUUGGGUUGGGUGGAGGGAACUAGGCAAAAAGAGGGGAUAAGUAACAAAAAAAAACGAACCUACAGAAAACAAAAGUUUCUUAGUUCUGAGGAGCAGGACUCAACUGUCGAAGCUGGGGCUGCAUUGCCGAGGCUCACACACAACUAGUCAGGAAUCCAGUAUUCAUGAGUUUAAAAGUACUGUACAGUUUUUUUUUUUUUUUUCAUCAUAUGCCCCUUAAGUGAUUUUAAAAAGGGGAGAGCUAUACCUGCCAGUGUAUUUUUUUUAUCUUUUUGCUGCACAAAUGGUGGGACCACUGUUCACCCUUAAUUAAAUUCAUUGUAGAAAGCAAGAGUUGCAAUUCUGGUAUUAAACUGCAGUAAAGUCAUUUUUGCAGCCCACUGAGAAUGUCUGAAGUUUGUGUAUUCAGUGGCUUUGACUCACUGGCUCCAGAUGUCUUUGUUCAGAGAAGUCUAUUUUCCAGCAGGUAUGUAUCUUGUUUUAAAAGAACAGAAACUCUUCUCAGUGAUACAUACUACCGGUGAUCCAGUUCAGUACUCCUGAUGGGUUGAGAUUGUUGCUAGCACACUUCCUGUGGGUCAGAACAUAUUUCAAUCCAAAAUUGCAGCAGUGGUGGCUAGACCAGCUACUGCCAUUUUAUAUAGACCAGGGAUGCCCCCUCAUCCCCAUGUUUGUUGUUGGACAGUGUGGGUCUCAAUUUACUGUUGGGUUAGAAUAGUAGAAUACACUAGGUGCAAUUUUGUUGCAUCAGUAGUUUCUCUUCUGACAGUCACUCAAUUAGCAAAUUAGUCUAGGCCAGCUAUCUAAACUUGUGGUCAUGGUUGAAUUACCUACCGGGUGCCCCAUUUAAUAUAUCUGAUGAUCAACUGCAAACGCAUCCACCCUUUUGCAAAAUGUGUAGAAUAGCAUGAAACUAAAACUUCAAAUUCUCUGUCAAGAUGGGGGCUGCUAAAUUGUUUUGCUCGCAAGGUGGGUGUAACAAUUUAGCUUCGGCACCCAAAGGACCAGGGCCUACUCUGACUGCAUCUGUGGGUAUGGAUGUGUGUAAGCAGACCUGCGAGCCGUUGCGGCCCUGCUUGUGUUCAGAUUUUGGGUGGUCCCUACCCAUCUAUUGCCUAUCCCUGAUAGAUGUAGUUUGAGAUGUCAGGAAGAGGUGGAAAGCAUUUGUCGAAGUACGUACAGCAUCUGUGAAUGCCCAAAUGUAACCAACAAAUAGGUUUGUUUUCUCCCUGAAAAAUGUGUACAAAGUGCAUUUACUACCACUAUCUCCAUUCUAAAAUUUUGUAUACAGUUGAUACGUUUUCAGAUUAAAUGUGACCCUGGCAUUAAAGUUGUGGAUCUAGCUUUA